AUGCUACCGCUGCCGCCGCGCCUUCCCCUUCUUCUUCGUGAGGGGCUCCCCCCACUCCCUCAGGAUCCCCCCUCCCCGCCUGCCCCUCGGCCCACACCGCCCUUCACCUUCACCCCCCGCCGCCUCCACCUCGGCCCCCAACACCCGCUCUUCGAGGAUGGGGACGUGCACAGGCACCUGUACUUGCAGGGCGUCCUUACCAGCCUGGAGGAGGUGGCCGAGAGACCCAAGGUGUCCGAGUUCAGCUGCCACAUCUCUGGGUGCAGCCAGGUGUUUGACACGCUGGAGAGCUACGAGCACCACUACAACACCCUGCACAGGAACGUCUGCUCCUUCUGCAAGCGCUCCUUUCCCUCUGCGAAUCUCCUGGAUAUCCACAUCUUGGAGUGGCACGACUCCCUCUUCCAGAUAAUGGCUGAGAAGCAAAAUAUGUACCAGUGUCUGGUGGAAGGCUGCAUGGAGAAGUUCAAGAGCAGCAAGGACAGGAAGGAUCACUUGGUGACCGUGCACCUUUAUCCUGCUGACUACCGGUUUGAUAGGCCCAAGAAGGUGAAAUGUGGCUCCAAGAGCAUGAGCAGUCCCGUGGAGCAGAGUGCCAGUGUGCCCAUGGAUGUGAGCGUGGAGAUGGCAGAGCAAUUCCAAGUGAAUCCCAUGGAAACAGGGCCUGAGGAGAACAUGGAGAUCUCUCAGCCUGCAGCCAGCUCUGGCCCCUUGCUGCCAGAGAAGCGACUCUACAAAUCCAGGAUCCCAUCCACAAUUUGCUUUGGACAAGGUGCCACCCGAGGAUUUAAAGGACCACGGAAGAAAGUCUGAAGAGAUCAUGCACUGGCAGGAGGAUACGGACCUGCCUGGGUGCAUGGAUCCACCCAGG